ACGAGGGGAACACAGAGAGAGACAGAGAGACUGCGAGAGAGAGAGAGAGAGACAGAGAGGGAGAGGGAGAGGGAGGCGGCUCUUGAACUAAGCUUGAAAACACGAUGUUGAAGUUGCCCUGUAAUUAUGCAGACCACCAAAUCCAAACCAUUGCUUCCCAAUGCAGAUUCCUUACCAAUCACCAUAACAGGCCUCGUUUCCAUCGCCGCCCCAACGCUGUCGUUUCAUGCUCCCCUGCAUCUAAGAGCUCCAUUGUUCAGGCUGUUGUGUCUGAGGGAGGGACCACUCGUGUGGAUUCCGUCUGUGAGAGCUUGGGCAGCCGCCUUCGCUUGGGGAGCUUGACGGAGGAUGGUUUGUCUUAUAAGGAGAAGUUUAUCGUCAGGAGCUAUGAGGUUGGGAUUAAUAAAACUGCCACUGUUGAAACCAUUGCUAACUUUUUGCAGGAGGUUGGCUGCAAUCAUGCUCAAAGUGUUGGGUUUUCAACUGAUGGAUUUGCUACAACCCACACAAUGAGGAAAAUGCAUCUCAUAUGGGUAACUGCUCGCAUGCACAUUGAAAUAUACAAAUACCCUGCCUGGAGUGAUGUUGUUGAAGUAGAAACGUGGUGCCAAACUGAAGGAAGAAUCGGAACCAGACGUGAUUGGAUUCUAAAAGACUGUGCCACUGGUCAACUUAUAGGGAGAGCCACAAGCAAGUGGGUGAUGAUGAACCAAGACACUAGGCGGCUUCAAAAAGUAACGGAUGAUGUCCGAGAUGAGCUCAUAGUUUACUUCCCACGGGAACUCAGAUUGGCAUUUCCAGAGGAUAAUAAUAGUAGCUUGAAGAAGAUUGCAAAACUAGAAGAUCCUGCUCAAUAUUCCAAACUAGGACUUGUGCCUAGAAGAGCAGAUUUGGACAUGAAUCAACACGUUAAUAAUGUCACUUAUAUUGGAUGGGUUCUGGAGAGCAUGCCUCAAGAAAUCAUCGACACGCAUGAACUGCAAACAAUCACCUUGGAUUACAGAAGGGAAUGCCAACAUGAUGAUGUAGUUGAUUCCCUCACAAGUGUGGAACCUAACGAGGAUUCGGAACUUCAUGGAACAAAUGGUUCUGCCACUGCGACUGCUGGCAACGAGGAUUGCCCAAGCUUUUUACAUCUACUCAGAUUGUCAAGCGACGGGUUUGAAAUAAACCGUGGCCGCACUGAGUGGAGAAGGAAAUCUACAAGAUAAAAUAGAAAAAAAAAAGUGUAUUUCUGUGCCUUUUCCAGUUUUUGAGAUGAUUCUCUCCUACUUAUUUUCCUCUCAUUUCUUGCAAGUAAUAUUAUGAUUUUGUUGUAUUAGGUAAGAGGUUGCGUUGAGAACAUAAAGACAUUGUUUGAACACAGAAAAUUGUACUUUAUUUUCACAAUAGUUAUGCUUACCUCACCAACUCAAUUAAUCAA